CUCAUAACUUCCCAUAUUCACCAUGACCUAAACCAAAGAUGAUCAACUCCAAGCCGCCUCAACUGGCAUCAAUCACCACCUCAUCACCCCAGACCUCAUCCAAGAAAUGCUCACCAAAGCAAUCUACCCCAACGCCCACUUCCCCUCAACCCUCUCUCCCAGGAACUAAUCCGCUCCCUCUGCUACCAAGGCUCAAUCUCCAUAUCCUCCACACUCGUUUCACAAGAUCCGCACGCCUACUUAGGAAGCUUCGACGAUGGAAAAGGCACACCGAUGGUUCUUGCUGUGCAGAGUCGACAGUCGUACGAGUUUGUCAUUUUUGUUUGGCGGAUCCGUAUCUGCAUCAUGGAAGGCUUGCGCCGAUUUUCCCGGCGGCUGUUAUUUUAUGUCGAGGGACUUUGGAUGCAGUUGCUGCGUUGGGGGUUUGAUUCGAGGGGAAAGGAUUUGCUACUAGGGGUUAUUGGGCGUGGGUUUGGGGGAUUGGCGAGGUAUUUGUUGGGGCGGGGGGUCAGGCCGGAGAAAGCUGGAGAGGAGAAUCAAAGAAGUGGAC